CAGAAUGACAGAGCAUGAGGACUUCGUGAGCUUGGCUGGGUACUGGAACUCUUCCAACAGUUACCAGUUCAGCCCUGCCAGUGUCAUUGUCCCUGUGGUCUUCUCCCUCAUCUUCCUCCUGGGCACAGUGGGCAAUAGCCUGGUGCUGGCAGUGCUGCUGCGCAAUGGGCAAAUGGGCCACAACACUACCAACCUCUUCAUCCUCAACCUCAGCCUGGCUGACUUCUUCUUCAUUGUCUUCUGCGUGCCUUUCCAGGCCACCAUCUACUCCCUUGAGGGGUGGGUCUUCGGCUCCUUCAUCUGCAAGGCUGUCCACUUCUUCAUCUACCUCACCAUGUAUGCUAGCAGCUUUACUCUGGCUGCCGUCUCUGUGGACAGGUACCUGGCCAUCCGCUAUCCGCUGCGCUCCCGGGAGCUGCGGACCCCCCAUAAUGCAGUGGCUGCCAUGGCUGUGAUCUGGGGCCUCUCCGUGGUCUUUGCUGGGCCCUACCUAAGCUACUAUGACCUGAUUGAGUGGGAGUCCAGCUACAUCUGCAUGCCUGGCUGGGAGGAGUGGAGACGCAAGGUUAUGGACACCAGUACAUUUGCCUUUGGCUAUGUCAUCCCAGUGCUGGUCGUCAGCCUCUCCUACACCAGGACCAUCAAGUACCUGUGGACAGCAGUGGACCCCCUGGAGGACAUAUCAGAGUCCAAGAAGGCUAAGCGGAAGGUAACCAAGAUGAUCAUCAUUGUAACCAUCCUUUUCUGCCUCUGCUGGCUACCCUACCAUGUAGUCAUCCUCCGAUACCUCUACGGAGACUUCCCCUUCAACCAGGCCACCUAUGCCUUCCGCCUGCUUUCCCACUGCAUGGCCUAUGCCAACUCCUGCCUCAAUCCCAUCGUUUAUGCCCUGGUCUCCAAGCACUUCCGCAAGGGCUUCAAAAAAGUUUUCAGCUGUCUCUUGAGGAAAAAGCACCGCAACAAGGUGCAUGUGGUGCACGCUGCCCACAUUGUACCUGGAUUUGAGGCAGGCUCCACUGAAGUGUCCCAGAUGCAUGAGGAGAAUAACAGGUGCGAGCUGAACCCAGCCUCCAUGCCAGUCCCCUCCAGUUCCUCCAAGCCCCUUCAUAUUUCUUAGUGGCCAAGCUCCACACCAUCUGCCGGCUUGGCUGUGUCACCAGCUUCAGGCAACCCUUUCCCACUGGGUGAGAGAGGAUGCUGGAAAGGCAAGCCAGAAACUGCUAUGCACUGCUUCUGGCCUUGUUGUUCCUUCCCAUUCCAUGCACCAACUGUUCUCCUGAGCCAUCUCCCCGCUAUAUGCUACAUGCAAAGGAAGGAAUGGAUCCAGACUUGCCCCUGAUCCUCAAACCACCUGGACUCCAAGGACUAAAGCUCCAGCUCCUCUGUUGGCUCUCAUCCUUCGAACUCCUCUGCUCCAUGGCCCCACUGCUCUGGACACAUUGGUUAGUUGUCAAAAAGUUCCUUCUGCCUCCCAGUGCCCCAUCUGGCCAGACUGGCUCCCACAGUAGGAAUGGCAAGGGACAUGGGCAGUGCAGGCAGGGCCAGGCAAGCAAAGGUGGUAUGGAAAGCACCUGGCACAGCCCAUGGAUGGUUGCAGUGAUAGCUUUGGUGCUGGCUGCGCUGCUUUCCCAGUGACUGGGCCCUCCCCUGGGAUGUGGGCUCGUUGCAUGUGUGGGAUGCUGCUGCUGUACGUACUAGAGAAAUGUCUUUCUAACCCAGAGCAAAUAAAUGCACUUCCCUCAUCCAGGCAAUAGUGGGGCCUGCGGUCGUCAUCUGGGGUGGGGAUGGGCUACCCCAUACCUCAACGGGACUUUUUUCUUAACUGGUAUAAAGUACAGUGCACCAUGAAAACCAGCACUGAGCAAAGUCUGCAGAGCCAAACCCUACCUGGUGUCUCCACUCCUUUCUCCACAGCCAUGUUUACUGACACAGUCGACAGGUCCCUGUGCAGGUCAGUGCACACCCGAUAUUCUCCCAAGGUAAAUGACCUCCACCCUCCACAGUUACGAGUCUACUGUCAGUGCAUAAAAGCAGCUUUAUCUGACCACCACACUUCAGAGGGCCCACGGGCAGGCGAGGAGCUAGUGGGCAGAGGCAGGGUUAAGUGUUUAGUUCAGUUAUGGUUCCUCCUGCCUGCAUGGCACAGUCUUUGUGCAGGGGAUUGAGGCGGCUUGCUCUCCAUAGUGGAGCAGAUGCUCUUCAGGGCAUGCUGAAUCUCAUCUCACGAUCUAAGCAUGCACUUGACCCCCUGGAGCUUCAGGAAGGAAAACUCAUCUCCCUUACCACGGCUGAUUAGAUGCAAGUGGGUACCUUCCUCUCACUGCUAAAUCGCUGGCAAUCAUAGAAUCAUAGAAUAUCUUAAGUUGGAAAGGACCCAUAAGGA